UGGUCUUAUAAGUAUACGGAACUCUGAUUUAACUCCCUAGGGUUUCUAUCUUCGUGCUUCGUUGUUCCGAUAUUGAGAUUUUGAGCGGAGAUGUCGGCGAAGGAAGAGAACCGGAUUUUUGUAGGAGGCUUGUCGUGGGACACCACGGAGCGGCGGCUGGAGGGGGAGUUCGGCCGCUUCGGGAAGGUUAUCGAGGCUCAAGUCAUGCUGGAGAGAGAUACUGGCCGCCCCCGUGGAUUUGGAUUUGUGACAUUUUCUGAUCCUCGUGCUGUUGAUACUGCUAUCAGUGAGAUGCAUGGACAUGAGCUGGAUGGACGAGUCAUCUCAGUGAACAAGGCUCAGCCUAAGAUGAGCACAGAUGACACUGCCUAUGGCUACAAUGGAGGGGGAUACACAGCAGGCAGCAGAGCUGGUUAUCGUGGUGAUGAUGGGCCACCACCCGCAGGGCGUUCUGAUGAAUGCUUCAAGUGUGGUAGUCUUGGACAUUGGGCACGUGAGUGCCCUUUGGCCGGGGGAGGCAGUGAUGGUCGUUUCUCUUCUCGCUCGAAGUUCGGCAGGGGUGGUGGCCGUGGGGAUCGUGGUAGGGGGCCAGAUCGCUACAGUGAUCGCUAUUCAGAUGAUCGUUAUGAUGGGGGUCGUUAUGGGGACCGAGAUCAUUUUGGUAACAGGGACAGUCGUUAUAGUGGUGGCCGUGAUCGAUAUGCUAAUGAUCGUUACGGACCUCCCGGGGAUCGUUUUUCGGGUGAUAGGUAUGGAGGUGGACCUGAUCGUUACCCGCAGAAUGGAUACGUCAGGGAACGAAGCUAUGAACGAGAUGGUCCGCAUGGUGGUGGUACCUAUGAUCGAGAGGGAGGGCCAAGAGGCAGUGGCUAUGACAGGGAUGGACCACGUGGUGGUGGCAGUGAUAGAUACGGGAGUGGUGGCCCUGCACGUUAUGAUGGUGGUGGAAGUUACAGGGACAGGCCCAGGCCAUAUGAUCGACCAAGUAGGGGUGGGCGCCCACCAUCUUUUGAUGUUCGCUAUUGAUGAAUGUAGGCUGUUAACAGUUAACCUGCAGUUGUUUUUCCUGACUUUGCUCUUUGCUACUCUAGGGUUGAUUGUGGAACAAUGCAGUGGUUUUUGGUUUUGUUAAUAUAAGGAUGGAAGAUCUGUUCUGUCCUUUUGCUUUUGGAAUCAUCUGAAUCCAUCUGGCAAUGUUAGCAGCUAUAUGAUAGUUUGUCUUAUACAUUCAGAUUGACUCAGUGUCUUGAUAUUCUUCCAUCUGUUGACCUGGUGGAUUGUUGCAGUGCAGGCUGUUAUAGUUUCUUUCUGUUGAUACUCGCACACUUUGUGUUGGUCGAUGUGGUAACCAUUCACUGACUACUGAGAAUACUUUUCUGAUCAGUAUAGACUCUUGCAUUCUGAUAUGCUCCUAGAUCAGCUCGUGUUUAACUAGUCUUGUGCUCCUCUAAUGUCGCCAUUGGGUGGGUUAGCUUUGAUUGGCUCCAAGUUUUCUAUGCCUGUAAUGCAAGUUUGAGCAAGGUGUUAACUAGCCUGAUGCCUGGGCAUUAUGUUGAUCCUGUUUAUUGAGAUUGAAUGCUCGUUGUGUGGUUGAAUUUUGAAAGUGCUCAUAUAUUGCUCAGCACAGAUAAGGGUGAUCUGAGAUGGUGUUGAGAAUGAUGUGCAUGUUUUGGCAAACCCCCUGAUGGCAGUGUGCUUUGUGGACGUUAUCUUGCUCCCUCUUUUUUUGGGAUCAUUCUUUUAGGUGAUGACUCUUGUGGUAUUAACUUGUCCAAAGCUUAGACAUUUGUAUUGGAAUCUCACGUAAAUAAAGCCCUGAGUGUACAGUUAAUUUCA